AGAAUAUAAAAAGCAAGCAGCACGCUACAACAAAACACAAGCACUCAAUACCACCAGCAUAAAACGAAACUUCUUACAUUUCAGCUAAAGUAAAACUACACCAAAACACAAAUCCCAUUUUUCUCUCUCUAUUUCAACUGCAAAUUAAAUUCCAUUAACUCAAAAUCAUUCUAAUGGAUUCAAAUGGAUCAACAUUCUGGUGCCAUCGAUGCGACAGAUUCAUUAGGGUUCAUACGCAACACAUCGCAAUUUGCCCAGAUUGUGGCGGCGGAUUCGUCGAAGGAAUCGACGCUUCAUCUACUCUCUCCCCUCUUUCUCCAAUCUCUUCUCCUACUGCCGCCAGGCUUCUUCCUCCUGACAAUUCUCGCCUUAUUCGUAGCUCUCCUUCUUCGAUCAAUCCGGUAAUUGCUCUUCCUAAUUCAACUGAUGAAACUUCACCUCCUACUUAUCAAUUGUUUUAUGAUGAUACUUCGGGUUUAGGGCUUCGCCCUUUGCCGAUUAGUGUUGCUGAAUUUCUAAUGGGUUCGGGUUUUGAUCGGAUUCUUCAUCAAUUAGGGCAAUUAGAUUUUAAUGGUAGUUUGAAUAGUAUGGAUGAUAAUCCGCCUGCUUCGAAAUCGGCUGUUGAAUCUAUUCCUUUUGUUAGAAUUGUUGAUAGUCAUGUAGGAUCUGAAUCACAUUGUGCAGUUUGUAAAGAUCAGUUUGAGAUUGAUAUGAAUGCUAGAGAAUUACCCUGCAAGCAUAUUUAUCAUUCGGAUUGUAUACUUCCGUGGUUGUUGUUGCAUAAUUCGUGCCCCGUUUGUCGGUUUAAGUUGCCGACUGAUAAUGGUAUUAGUGAGAAUGAUGUUAGGGAAUCGGAUGAUGGGAUGAUGUUGGGGUUGAGGAUAUGGAGACUGCCUGGUGGAGGUUUCGCCGUUGGUAGGUUUCUCGGUGGGAGGGGAACGGCAGAGGAGGGUUUGUUUCCUGUUGUUUAUACGGAAAUGGAUGGAGGAGGGUUUGAUAAUAAUGAUGAUUUCCGAAGGAUUUCAUGGCCAUUGAGGGAGAGUAGGUCAGGUAGAAGCCGGGGUUGGGCUCGUGCUUUUCGUAGUGUCUUUACUUUGUUCAGGAGAAAUAGAAGAAGCUCAUCGUCUCGUUCGAGUGUUGAAGCUGGGAGAAGUGUGUCUCGUUCCCGCUCAUUAUUCAGGAGGAGACAGAGUCAAGGAUGGACAUUUGGUGUUUAGAAAAUAGAUUGGAGCACGUUAAUGGCGGGGCAAUUUAGUAGUUUCGAUCGAUUGUUUGAUGGAGCUUAGAUCAUGGUUGUCUCAUCAGGUGCUAGUGUGCUACAAACUACUAACUAUAUGAGGAGUUGUAAUGACUAUUAUUUAUAUAUUUUUUUACCUGUAUAUAAAUUUCUAUAUGAAUAUGAAAGAUAAGUUUGGUGAAGUAAUCUGAAUAUCCAUGUCUACAAAAGGUUUAGUGUUAGAGAGUAGAGACAAUCUUGUACUUGAAAGUGAUAGUGCUGUUGAUCUUAUUUACUCUGUAAUGAUUUAUUAGAAUUAUUGAUCACUUCGUAUAUGAUA